AUGGCGGAUUUCUCUAGACCACCUGUCGAUUGGCUUUACUGCAUGAUUCAUGCUGACGCUGUUUCCAAGGCAAUCUCGUUCGAUUCCGGCGCUAGCAGAGAAGAGCUGGGCGACAUGGCGAUGACGAAAGGUCUUGGAGCCGGGGUCACCUUCGACAUGACAGAGGUCGCCUCUGCCGGGUCUGGAAACCGGCAAAAUGUCGUCUCAAGCCUCGCAGUCGACUGUCACGACGGAGCCGGACGAGACAGAAGUCUCGGCUUCUUGCAUAGCUCCGGUUCUCUGCCUCGAGGCGGCGGAAACAGCGGAGGAAGGCAACAUUGCGAUCGCCGGAAAGGAGGAGGAGUCUGUAAGUCCAUCAAAAGUUAG